AUGUACAGCAUUCUAAAUCAUGACUUUAGUCUGACUUGGCUUAAAGGUGUAUGCGCUGCUGUUAGUUCUUUCAAUCCUGAUAAUUAUGCUUCAGUGACAUGUGAAUGGAUGAAAUCUAGUAAAAUGCCUGUGAAUCCACUGCUGGCCCUGUUUCAUAACUUUGAGCAAGUCUCAAAUUUUGUUCAACAUCAUCUCUCUAAUUUUAUAGGUCCUCAUCUUCAGUCAUCAGGGCUCCCUGGUAGUGGCUCUCUAUUCUCUAUCUCUUCCUCCACGAAAUCUCCACUUGCCAAAAUUACAUCUUCUGUACAACUUGAUGAUACUGCUGUCAAGGGAAAGUCUACUACCCCAGUGCCUAAAGAAGAGCUUGGAAGGGCUACUUGGACUCUACUUCACACUCUAGCAGCUCAGUAUCCAGAUAAGCCUACAAGACAGCAGAAGAGGGAUGUAAAGGAACUGGUGCAAAUCUUAUCUCGAAUGUAUCCAUGCAGGGAAUGUGCAGAUCAUUUUAAAGAAAUUCUUAGAGCAAAUCCUGUACAGACUGGGUCACAUGCUGAAUUUUCUCAGUGGUUGUGUCAUGUUCACAACGUUGUUAAUAGAAGCCUUGGCAAACCAGUAUUCCCGUGUGAACGAGUUGAUGCAAGAUGGGGCAAACUAGAAUGCGAACAGAAAGCCUGUGAAAUUAUUGGUAGUACAUCAUUUUUUGGGAAGAUAAAAUAG